UGCAUCAACACCACGUCCUCUACAUCACUACCCUCACCACCGUGCCCCUCCGGCCGCCCCCUGGGGCCGCCAUGCGUCCGUAGAGGAAGAGGGCCAGGCACGUGGAGGUACAUCGCAUCUCCGGCGAGCUCGUAAGACUACUGCUCGUGCAGAUUGCGACACCGGCUAGCCAAAUUACUAUGGCAGGUGUCUCCACAGGCACGCCGGCGGUCGAGCGGACCAUUGUAGUGUUGAACAAUCCUAUACAGUUCACAGGUACAGCUCCAGAUCGCUCCACCGGACAAGCAGGCACUCCAACAGCUACUCAGGGCUCUAUUUCCUUAGUCCCCGAUAGCCAACCAGCCCCUGAGGAUGCCCCUAUGUCUACACCUGAGGAGGAGGCUGUUUAUGGUGAAGGAACCGGUGUGAGGCCUUGGUAUACAGGUCUAGUUGGCGUUCCUUUUAGUCAGCAAUUGGACGGUGGCCAUCUAGGCGCUUUCCGCUGGUAGAGUAGCUAGAGUAGCUAGAGUGAAUAGAGUCC